UUGGGGUAUUCAGGUUCCCAAACUUAAUUGAGUGCCUGUUCGUCAGACGCUCCUCGCACUUAAAUCAGUGCGCUGAACGAUAUUGACCGAUGGUUUAUUACUUUUCCAAGCGUAAAACAAAACUAAUUCUUUUCUAUUUUGGUUCAUUGCUUCCAAACAUUUAUCUGAUAUAUUAUAGGUACUUAGUGACCUUGUCAAACUAUUGCUCCAACCCUUCAGAGUAAAAGUUAAAAAAUAUGAAAGUAUAUACACAAGUACCUCUUUGUGAGAUAUUUAUUUUUCCCAUAGAUUCGUCUGCUUUCAUCUCGCACCAAGAAAGUAUAUCAACUUUGCAAUAAAGUGUGAUUGGUACACUAAAUAGUUCCGAAGUGAUGUCAAGUAUGAAUUUCAACUGGCAUGUUUACCUUUCGGAGACGGGUGCUGAGAUUUCACCAUUUAAUUUGUUUCCUCAUGUGGCCCAUAGUUUUGAGACACUUGUUAAAAAAGGAGAAACACUUGAAGUUAAUUCUCAGGGUUUUUCUGAACAAAAGGAAGCAAACAUCCAAAAUUCUUGGUGGCCAGCUGAAGUGGUGUUAGUAUCAGGCUAUCUUAUUUUGCUAAAGUGGUGCAUACCGGAGACGGCAGUAUAUUCAUCUGAGACAACUACAUGUCCCGUUUCAGACACAUCUCAUACUAUAUCUCAAUAUCCCUCAAAAAACACGUUUUGGUUUGAUGUUAAAGGUCCAGGUUGGGAUUUUGUGCAACCAAUCGGUUGGUGCUUAUCAAAAAACACUAACUGGACUCCACCAAGUCAGAUCUCUCAUCUCAGUAAUCAAGAAAACUGUUGGCAAAAUACCGAUUGGGCAUCGUGUUUACGGAGUCGUUCUGUUUGCAAUACCUUUUUUGACCGACGUUGUUUGUACACUUUUGAGACCAUUCGCGUUGGGGGGUACUUCGAAUGUGAACAUGAUCUUGAUCCAACUUGUGUUUGGCCUGCAAAGGUGAGCUUAUAUUUUGUAAAUUUAACUAUCUCAAGGUGCUUAUGAACAUUGGUGGACGUGUUCUAUUGUCAUGGUUUGGAACAAGUUCAAAAGCACAAGCAUGUGAUAAAAGCCGUAAAUUUUCUACAUUCACCCUGUUUUACCUUAAUCGCCGCUUGCACCCACUUGGCUACGGAAAGUUGUGUGAUCUCAAAUAUUGUCCUCCUCCUGGUUAUGUAUUGGAACGUGCUAUUUCAAACAUUGAUGCUUUUAUACGUGGUGCUUGUCCGGCUACCUAUAAUGACCUUUCUAAAUCUGUUGACUCACUCUUACUCAAGUCUAUAUUCUCUGUCCACAACAAUAUCCAACCUCUUCAUGAAUUCAAAGUCGGGUGGAAGUUGGAAGCUGUAAAUCCACUUAGACCGUAUUUUGUACAGCCAGCCACAGUUGUUAAGGUAUUCAAUUCAAGAUAUUUUCUCGUAGAAUUAGAUAACUUAAAUCAUAAUGAAAGUGAAUUGGAUAAAGAAGAUAGUAGUAUUGCUAACUCAAAUUUAUUUUCUUUAAAAAUUCAGUUUGUUGCUUAUGCAGGUAUGCCGGAAAUUAUGCCAGUUAAUGAAAGUCAACUAAGAGGAAUAUAUUUAUUUCCACCAUCUGGUUGGCCUAUAAAUAGAUAUUUUACUUGGACUAAUUAUCUCACUUAUCUAUCUGCUCAUAACAAUUAUCUAACUAAUCAAUCCACAUCUAAAGAUAUUAACACUAAUAAUGUAUUUAUUCAAGAUGAAUUUACUAAGAACACAAUUAGUGUUACCUCAAAAACAAAUAUAAAUACACUUCAUUGUACAAACUUAUCUUCUAAAGACGUAAAUCAAGUAAUUUCUAUUAGUGAUCUACCUGUAUGUCCUUCAGAGUCCAUUUUCAAAGGGACUCAUGCAUUUGAUUCUGCUCAAAAAUUAGAAAAUUCAAGUAAUUCUAGUUCUGAACAAAAUUUUAGUUCAUUGUAUUCUUCAAAAAGUUGGCAGACUAGUGAAAAUGAUGUCAAUUAUAAGUCGGAUAGGAAUGAGACAAAUUCAAAUAGAUUUUUAUUAGGUAUGAAGUUGGAGAUGGUGCCACCUGCAUCUAUUUGCUCAAAAGCUCAUUAUUGUGAUAUUGGACCUGCACUUUGUACAGCUACAGUCACACGAGUCGAAUAUCCUCACUUAUUAUGGCUUCUUCCAGAUAUACCGUGUAUAGAAAAUUUUACUAAUGAUGAGAAAAUAACUCAUUAUCAAAGUAGACCGAUAUUAGUAGAUGCUCGAUCUACCGAUUUGUAUCCUGUUGGUUGGUCCGAAUUUGUUGGUCAUCCACUUAUUCCUCCAAGUGGCUAUGAUACUAAAGAAAGCUUUUCAUCAGAAGUUUAUGUAGAAAAAUCUUACAGCAAUAAUGAAAAUGAAGAAUCAACUACUUCCUCUACACAAUUAAAGGACUGUUGUAUUCCCGGAGGUUUCAAACCUACACAUGAACUUCAAAGUUUUAUUAUACCCUAUAUCAAAGAGGAAAUAUGUCCACCCAUUUAUAUCAAUUCAAGAUGUUACCUUGGUCCCUUUUUAUGUAAAUCUAAUCUUGACUUACUUCCUCGUCAAUUCGGUCCUGGUUCAGUAACAAGAGUGAUGCAAUGCUUAAUUACGCGUUUGAUCCGUGCUGCCCAUAAACCUGUGCGCGUAUUACGAAUGUUCGAAGCUGAUUGGGUUACUGGAAUGGCGUCUGUUCUUAAUGGUCGCAAAUCGUCAGGGAUGAACACCAAAGAUUGUGGAACAACUGAACUAGAUAACAAUCUUCGAGUACGAAGCACCAUUCAUCCUUCUCUCCAACAGGCUAAAAAAGAAGUCAUUGAACAGCGUCGUGAAGCUAUGCGUGUGGUUCUAGUUAGCGUGAGAUGUCCUAGACGAGGAAUAAAAAUUGAGGUGCCAGUAGAAGUUUGUUGUCGAACAAGAGCAGUUGAAGAAUAUUGUCGACAGAUCUCUCUAGUUUUUGAAGCAUGUCCACAUCUCCUCAGUCUUGUUCCUCCUCCAUUACCAGAAGAAUCAAAGUCAGUAAUAUCACCAUCUGUCAAUGGAUUAGAUACUGAUAGUCUCUUUUUACAGGAAACAAGUGGAAUAAUCCCUAACCUAAAUGUAUCUCAAAUCUCUACUGAAAAUAUUUCUUCGAUUAACGACUGUCCGUCUUUCUGUAAUGUCCGUUUGCGUUCGCGUUACUUUGAUCGUCUUCCAGGAUGGAAAAGGCGUCUAACUGCCUUACGUGCAUUUACUGACUCUUUUUAUCUUGAUAGUGAUCAGAAUCGCAUUAUUUCGGGUGCUCCCAACAGUCAUGUCACUCGAUCUGCAUCAACAUUACAAAAUAAUUUAAAUUGGGUUAAUAGGCUUGAAUCACAAUCCCUUUUUCAGUCAAAUAGUUGUAAAGUUCCUAAUUCAAAGAAUAAUAACCUUGUGAACAGAGCCAAACGAAAGCAUCAAAACUAUUCACAAAACUCCACAGAACAUGAUAUUGAAAAUAUCUCGAAUGGUUUGAAAAACACUAACAAUGGGCGUACUGGAUCAAAAAAAUCUGUCCGCUCUAACUUUGUCAAUACAGCAGGCAAAAAGCGUAUCAUCAAUUCGGAUACAACUAUGGUAAAUCAUCAGACAUCACCCAUUCGUGAAUCACACAGCCAUCCCGCGUGUACUGCCGCCUUUGAUACCCUGAAAAAUGUACACAUCCCUCCUGUCCCUAACUUGCAGCAUUCAUGGCAUCUGAAUCAUUUAUCAGCCGCCCCAUCGAGUUACUGCUUAACCGUACCCAGCAUUCCGAAUUCUUCACAUAGUAACAAUCCAGUUACUGCACAACUACCUCCAAAUCAUAUUCCGCUAAUGGAAAGAGAUAUUGACUCGUGGCUCUGUAAUAUUCCAAGAGUAAUUUUACCAAGCAAUCCUAUGUUUUGGACACCUGUCGACUUAGCUUCAUAUCUUGGCAGUACUGAUUGUCGAGAAAUGUGGCCAUGGCUUGCAGCGGAAGCUGUAGAUGGGCAAGCAUUUAUGUUACUAACUUUACCAGUUCUGCAUAGACUAGUUGGUUUACGCUGGAAUGAUGCUGUACGUCUUGCACGGCAUGUGAUGUCUGUUAAACAAGCCUUUCUAGAACAGUUUAGUAUGAAUCCACAUAUAAAUGAAACAUAUUCAACGGAUAAUGUAACAUCGUGAUUUAAGACUAUCCACUUAAAAGUCGAUUCUUCAUUACACAGAUAUCCAUGUUUUUGGCCUCUACCAUACGGUUAGUCUUUCUAAAAUAAGUUUUUUUUGUAAAUUUGUCAAUUUAACUUGAAAACAAGAAGUAAAUUUUCAAUAUGAUCUUGCAUACUUAAUGUAUAAUUUCUGUAUUUUCAACUUCUUGAUGUUUCCAUCAUACUUGAUUUUUACUUUACCAUCUUCGAUUAUUUUUUGUAUAGUUCCGUGUAAUAUAAAAAACACUCCAUGUAAAAUAAAACAGGCUUAUUUAAUAUGCAUAAUUAACAUGAUCGAGUUGCUUUUUUAAAUGUACAUAAAUAAAGAAUAUAGUGAAGUGUGGUAAUAUUCAUGUAAAACCAUUUUGAUCACCUUAAUUGUAUAAACACUUUUCAAGCAUCAGAAUCCUGACAAGCGCUAAUACCGAUCGAAUGGUUUAAGAAACAAUCACAUAAAGUAUUUCCGCUUAGAGUCAAGCGUAAUGUUCAUAGUAUAUUUAUUUGUAAACCGAAGUUUUGAUGUUUUUGACCGGUGAUAGUCAGUAUGAAACAAUCUUGAUUGUCCUCAAACGGUCCCAGAUACAAUGAGUCAGUACCUUCUGUGUACAUGGUUCUGCCGCCUUACGCUUCAUACCGAAAAUUCAAGAGCUCUUUCAUCACGUGAAAAUUGACUCGCGUUGUUGAACUGACUGAAAAUUCUGUAGAAAUUAAUUAUUUGUAAUUGGUAAAAGUUUAUCUGUAUCAAAAUUUAUUUUGCGAUACAUGGGUACUUUGUAUGGACAGUACAUCCUAAACCUCAUUUCAACUAACCACUUUAAGCCGUAUCACUGAUUUCGGUCACUAUAUACUACGGGAUGAUUCAAAAAUAGAACUGGAGAAAAGUAUGUAGUCUUCUCAAGAAUAGUGAGACUUUGUAUUAGUUUCUUUACUAAUUAAAAAAUAACCAUAAUAUGCUGAAUUGCUCAUACUGUGUGUACUACUUAUGUAGACAUAAGUAGU